AUGCCUGUAAACACGCUCUCUGUGAGCGCUGCCGUCACGCCUACGGUGAUCCAGACAUAUCUCUCCCACUACCUGAACCGCAGACCCUUGGCCCAGAAGCCGACUGCGCACAUUUCAUACCACGAGGGCCUCGAGCUUAUCCGCCGCUUCCUCAACUACGCGUCUUUCCACACUGUCGACGAGCUGCAGGCCUUCACGUCGCAAUGGGUGCCGGUGCCGCAUUGGGUGCAUGUCAAAGUGGUUGAAAUCGCGGGUGCGCAAUUAGCGCGCUCUGCCGAGCUCAUCAGCGCGCAGUUGGGACCAAGAGGCAUCGCGGCUGUCGGCGGGCAGAACUGGUGGCAGUGGAGACGAGACGGCACCGUCCUGAGCGCCGAAUGGAUUGAGAUGCGCAAGGACCACGAUGCACGCAAGCAGCUGAAUAUCACAAAGGGCGACCGCAUCAUGCUGUACGUGCAUGGGGGCGCCUACUUUUUCGGCAGCGUCGACGAGCACCGCUAUCAGAUGCAGCGACAUGCCCGCAAGCUCAAGGCCCGGGUGAUAGCGCCCAGAUACAGGCUGGCGCCGCAGUUUCCUUUCCCCUGUGGCCUGCAUGACUGCCUGGCGGUAUACCUGCAUCUCCUUGAGGAAAAGCACGACCCAAACACCAUCAUCCUCGCCGGCGACUCGGCAGGAGGCGGCAUGGUACUGAGCAUGCUGGUGACGCUGCGGGAUCAAGGGAUACCUCUCCCUGCUGGCGCUGUUCUCAUCAGCCCAUGGGUCGAUCUCACCCACAGUUUCCCCAGUCUUGGUGGCGAUGGCAAGAUGGACUACAUUCCCGCCCAUGGCUUCGUUCACAAGCCGAGCAUGAGUUGGCCGCCCCCCAACGCCGACGACUUGCUCCAGUACGAUCGCGCCCGCACCGCCCAGCACUCAGCGAAGAACCCGCCUCGAGUAUCGACGUCCAAGGACAACAAGGAAGACCGGGAGGCACAAAAGGAGGCUAAGAAGGACCGCGUGAGAGGCUACUCGAUCCGCUCGUCAGACCAACCCGAUCUGAAAGACGUCUUGCAAGGUGCUGGCGAGGAAGCCGACACGUGGGUCUCGCCGGACGGAAAGUACAGCGUUGGACCGAAAAGCAUGCUUUCCGUGCAGCUCGACAGCGACAUGCGCAUCGAGAUCAAGGACCAGAUCCAGAUGUACGCAGCCAACCACCUCUUGACGCACCCACUGGUGUCGCCAGCUCUUCAGCCAACUCUAGGUGGACUGCCGCCUCUCCUUAUCCAAACUGGAGGCGGAGAACUGCUCCGCGACGAGCAAAUCUACAUCGCCCACAAAGCUGCCCAGCCAUUGGCUUAUCUUCCACCACCGUCGAACAAUCAAACUGCUGAAGAAAUACAAGCGCAGGCUGCAAGGUACAAGCCCACCAACGUCAAUAUCCAGGUCUGGGAUGACCUUUGCCAUGUGUGUCCGACCCUCAGCUUCACGCGUCCAGCGAAGCACAUGUACCGUAGCAUCGCACAAUUUGGUGCUUGGGCGCUUGCUCGGGCUCAGAAGAAAUCUAUUGACAUUGUCGACGAUGAUGAUAUUUCUUUCAUUAGCAGUGGGUCAACCGAUUCAUCUGAAUCAGACAAGCCUGCGGCGUCGGACUCGUCACUGGAAGAUCCCAAAAAGGCAAAAGCGGUGGACGCGCCAACAGCUGGCAUCCUCCCGAGCCAGCAACAGAAACCAGCCGCGACCGUUGGUAGAGCAGGCGAUCCUCUACCUCCCUUCGAAAAUCACAUGAUACGCCAGCGUAUCGAUCGACACGGCCGUAUAUACCCGCUCAUGGCCAAAGAGGAGCUGGUGGCUCUUCAAAUGCCUGUAGCCGAUGUGGGCGUACCAAAGAAAGGACCUGUAAGCAAGUGGAUGAAAGCUCAGCAACAGUGGAACAGCAAAUUUGCAAAACAGAAGAUCAAGAUCCAGAAGCAAAGGAUGAAAGAUAUGGAGAAAGGCUUCGAAGGGUUUGAUGGAGAGAUUCCCCCACCAACCGCACUGGCCGGUCGGAGAGUCAAGGGCAUGAAGGCCGAGAAACCAAAGAAAAGGAGUUGGGGUAUGUCUAUGUGGGCUGGCUGGGGAAGUAAGCAUGACUCGGCAACCGUAAGUUCCAUCUCAAACAUCGAUCGUGAAAAGGAUGCAGAUCAUUCUGGCAAUCCAUCCGAGCCAUCAACAGCUACGCAGAAGCCCGAUCAACUACGAACAGAUGGAGCUGUGGACGCCAAAUCCGCUACCAGCCCCAAGCGAAGCCGUGGGACGACUCUUGCAGCACUCCGACCUUCGCGCACACGUUCACACUCUCGCCACUCUGCCGUCACCGACAAGGGUCAAGCCAAUACGUCUCUUGAAAAGGUAUCCAGCAUCGCCCCUCCUGCUCCUCUGGCAGAAGCCACGCAAAUUGCACCGGAGCGUAGAGCCUCGCCACUACCCUCGCCCACCGGCGAGCUGGAUAGUCCAGAAAAUCUUCCGUCCUUGGGUCCAGGUAUUGUAAUAUCAGAUCACCCAGAGUCACCAGCAACCCUCAUCCCAGCCACGGAUGGGUCAAGCACCAGACCAACAAAGGGAGGGAUCGCAUACCCGUUCAGUCUCAGUGUGGCUGGACAGCAUGCAAAUGCCAGUAUGCUUACAUUGGAUAGCGUCGGCAUUGCCACACCACCAGCGGUCGAUGUGCCACACUCAGAGAAAGAGCUUAGCGCGAUUGAUCCUGUGGUGGAGCCUUCCAAGGAGAGCGGAGACCGACCUACGCCUGAACGCUUCUACACUGCUGCUCCCGGCGCUGGUUUAUUCAGCAGUGGUGCUGAGCCAGAAGAGGUUGAGGGCGCGCAGAAGGUGGAUAGACCUCCUGUUGAGAGAUUCCAGACAGCGCAAGAGGAUCUUGGUUUGCUGGCUAUGGGGAAUGGAAAGGCUUGA